CGCACGGCGGAGCUCCAUCUUUCCAUCGCAAGCGCAGCAGAACAGCGGAUGUGUUGAUGUUUCAGUCGUUUUGUUUUUAUUUUUAAACGCCCAGAGUCGAUGUGAAACAAAGUCAAACGGAUUCUUACUACGUUAUUAAUUGCCCGGGAGCUAAACGCGGACGGAAAUGCGGCGUGUGGCGGGUGUUAUGAGGUAGAUUGAGCGCUGCUGCUGCGCUUCGGCCGCGGCGACACAUUUGAGUGUAAAUCCGCUGAAAGAGUGUUUCCGGCCCGCACGCGAGCAGGAACCAUGAAUUUGCAAGUUUUUCAUCUAAAAGGCCUAAAGUGUGAACUUGUCCGUGAUGAGCAGUACAUCUGAAGACCGGUUGCAAGAACAUGUGUUGUCAUCAUUAAAAGACGUGUCAGGUGAUCUGGACAGCCCUCUACAGUGCUGAGCCUGCGGGUCCCUGUGCCUGCCGGAGCAGCAACUGUUUCCAUGAGUUUAGUCCUUUGAGGUCCCUUUAUGUGGAGCUCAGAACUACUAUAUGAUUCUCUUCUCAUGGCUUUGAUUGGUCGGACACUAGCAGCGGUUUCCCUGUCUGCAUUUAGUGGCAAAGUAAUGAGGCCUUUUCGUGGCUGGUCUGUACUGUGAGUUUGACUCACCUGUGGUCCAGUCCAGGACGUUGUGCUCUGACUUCACUCUUCUGAACAUCAGAAUGAGACAUUGUGUCAAGACGGAGAAGAGCGUGUGAUCUCUGGCAAGAGUUAAGCACUGGUCCAUAAACAUGAAUGGAGGAAAAGACAGAGAUGGAGGAGACUGCAGAGGGCAACUCACCCAGGUGCCCAUUGGCUGGCAGCGAAAAGUGGAGACCUCGGGUGUCAUUUAUAUCAGUCCAAGUGGAUCUGUGCUGGCCUGCCUUGAUCAGGUGAAGUCUUAUCUGCUGACUGAUGGCACCUGCAAAUGUGGGCUAGAAUGCCCGCUUAUUCUCUCCAAGGUUUUUAAUUUUGAUCCCGGUGCUGUGGUAAAGCUGAGGACUGCAGAGGAUGUAAAGGCUGAUGAGGAUGUUACGAAGCUGUGCAUUCACAAGAGGAAGCUUAUUGCUGUGGCAACGCUACACAAGAGCAUGGAGCUGCCGCCUCCUUCCUUAACGCUCACCAGUCCUGGUGGAGGCACAAGCGUGACUUCCAUGAAUCCUACCGCACAGCCUCGAGCAAUAAGAAGUAAAGCCCACGAGGGCCAGCCAGAUUCUAAGAACCCAUUUAAGGUGAUGAUGGCAGCAGGACAGAGACACUUCUCACCAGAGCAGCAGCAGGACGUUUACCCUGGAUACUCCAGGCAGAGGCUGAGCAGCAUUGAACAAGGAUCGAAGUCUCCAUUCCGCAGUGGACAUGGAGGCAUGUUGAGUCCUCCAUCGCAACCUUUUGGAGAUGGUUCAUUGUCCCCAAGAACAGAUGCUAUUGGCAGUCCGGAUGGGUUUGUGCGUAACAACAACCCUUGUGGCUUCCAAGGGACCGGCAGUCCCAGCGCUACACACGGCAACAGCCGCAUCCCUUUGUCUUCUCCUGGCGUCAUGAUGCACGGCUCACCUGCCGUGCAGUCGCCUUGCGUUAUUGCCGGAAGGACUAAUUUGCCUCUGUCGCCACCAGUCCCCAACAAGAGCCCCGUCAUGAAAAAGCCCCUGUGCAACUACCCUCCCAUCAUGGACUCGAGCAGAACUGUAUUUCUCCACAAGGCUUCGUCUGCUUCUGCCACUUCGCUGCCCCCUCCCUGUGCCCUUCAAAAUAAACAGGUCAGCUCUGAGAAGGACCCUCUUGGCAUCCUGGAUCCCAUCCCCAGUAAACCCAACCCACCCCCUUUCCAGCCCAGCACCCACUCUCAGGUACCAAUGAUGAAUGUAAACAUCCCUCCCGCCAUUGUCCCUUUGCCGAGCAACCUUCCUUUACCCACGGUCAAGCCGGGGCCAGUUGGCCAUGGUGGUCACAUGCAGAGGACUCAGCAUCUAACAGCCACCUCCAUCUCCCCUUCACCUGUCACUUCCCCCGUCCACAUGUCUGGGCCUGCUUUGAGUCGCAUGGAAGCGUCUCCACAGCGAUCCCGCUCUUCGUCCACUUCCUCUGAACAGGGAAGUUUUGCCGUUCCCCCAUGUGGUAGCAUGAAGGUCCCACCACGCUCGCCAAGGUCCUCCAUUAGCUCUCCUAGACCCGCCUUGCCUUCCAGCCCGUCCGGUAAGCCGGAUAGUCUUCACCAGUAUAAAGACAUGCCCAACCAGCUGUUGGCAGGUAUGAGUAGCAACAUCAGCAGCAGUCAACACAACCCCAUGUUUUCCACUCUCUCCUGCAACAACACCCCGCAGAAGGAGCACCCAGGCCUUUUGUGCAUGCCACUGAACCAGAUCCUCAACCAACACAAUGCUGCCUCUUUUCCUGCCAGCAGUCUCCUGUCGGCUGCCGCCAAAGCACAGCUAGCAAAUCAAAACAAAGUAGGGGGAAGUAGCGGUGGAUGCACAGUAGGUGCGGUGAGCGUCGGGAGCAGUGUGGGAACAUCGGCUGGGCUCAAUUGCCCUCUUAGUGGAGCUGAUGGCAACAGAGCUGUUGAAGGGCACAAUGCUUUAAAUCCCAUGUUACCACCCAACUCUGCCAUGAUGAUGCCGAAUAGCGAGAUGCAGAGUGGCCGCGCAGCUCUGCGGGACAAGCUUAUGGCACAGCAGAGGGACUCGCUUCGUAAGCGCAAGGCACCCCCAAACACCGGCAACCACGAGAACAACUUCUUUAACGUGCUGAAGCCAGACAUGGCUGGCAUGAGGACACCCUGCCCUCCUGCUGAGCAAAUGAGAAAAACAUCACGACUGCCCCCAAACACAUCAAUGGCUCAGUUACUACAAUCUCUGAGCAACCACAGUUCCCACAUGGCCAGAGGCAGAAACCAAGGCCCCAUAGGCUCCAGUCGGACGCACUUCAGUGAGGGUGCUGUUCACUCUGGCGCAGUCUCUCAGAACGUGCAGGUACAGCAGCGAAUACGUGGCCAGACGGAAGCAAUGCUUUGUCCAGGUGCGGAGUCUGUUCACAGCCAGUUUUCAGGCAUGAUGAACCAGAUGCAGGCUGCAGCAAUGGGAAACUGUGGGCCUGUGAACCAAACACUUCUUGGAAACCAUGUGAUGGGACAUGUAAGCUCUCACUUUCAGCAGCAUAGCCAGCCAAACAUCAACUGCAUAAUGCCUAGCAGCAAUGACUCCUGUUGCACGCAACCUAUUAAUGACACAGGUGACCCUGCAUCACAGAGCUGUGGCAUAGGUAACGCUUCUCAGAUGGGUGGCGUCAUGGCUGCCACGGGGCACAUGUACCAACAGCAGAUGCACCCAGCACUACAGGGAAUGCAUGGGGUCUCCACAUAUCAAAGUCAAGGGCAUUCCUUCUCAACAGCUUCUUUUACAGACAACAAUGCUCCUAACUCUAACAGCUUGCCUUGCCUGUACCAGGAUUAUCAGGGGUGCAUGUCUGACGGUUCCCAGUCUGGCAUGACAUCUCAUCUGGGGGACACGGGGAUGUACAGAGAUGGUCCACACAAGCUCCAAGGUCAAGGUGACAUUUCAUUGGCAGGUACUGCUGGAGGUCAAAGUUCAGUGGAGACGGUUGAUGCGAUUUACAGGGCGGUGGUGGACGCCGCUGGCAAAGGCAUGCAAGUGACCAUCACCACUGGUGUGAGUAGCAGCACGCAGGCAAGCCCAGUCCCCGCGCUCAGCGCCAUGAGUGCCUUUACUGCCUCCAUUGGUCAGCCGCUCAGCCUACCUCACGCCGUCAACGCAGUCAUAAACGCCCCCCGUGGCUCUGAGGGGGGCGACUUAACCCAGCCGCAGCGCACCCGACCGCAGCUAUUCAACCACACACGCAGGAGCUCUGAGCAGGGUAAGAAGACGCCUGACGGUGCGGAUAGGCAUGAGUAUUUCCGCUCGCCUAGCGCUGCCACACCGGUGAGACUGCAGUGGGAUGAGCCCAACCAUGCUCAUUGGAGAGGGGAAGACUUUCUGGAAUGUUCCACCCAGAUUCAGAGCAGUCCAUGCAGUAGCAAAGGAGAGAGGAUAAGCAUCAUGGAAACUGUCAGCCAGAUAUGUCCAACGGAGACAACUCUUCAGAGUCACGACCUUGUUGACCACCAUACGGAUGAGAGCGGAAACUUGCGAUUAAACAACAACCGCAUGGCUGGCAGCAUGAGGGAGCAUGUGGAGCCCACAGAGCGAUGCACUCAGCUGAAUGGCACACUCCCUCGUGGGGGAUACGGGGAGCCGCUCACUGGAGACGACCAGUCGCCGGGCUCCUCGACUAGCUUGGAAGGACCAUUGGUGAAAGACUACACACACUUUAAUGGACACUUUAAUGGACACUGUGCGCCCAGCCCCUCCGACACCAAGAGUCUCAGCAGUGAGGAGGAGCUGCGUCACCCUGACUCGCCUUCAGCCGACCUGCUGCACUACAGGUCCAGGGGUUUUAAUAUGAAUGAACUGGUCUGGCCAAUAAAAGGCUUCCCUCCGUGGCCUAAUAAACUGAUGGGAGAAGAACAUGGACACAAUCCCAGCAUGCAACUUUCUGAUCAAGCAAAGGUGGAGCCAGAGCAGUUGAAAACACUAACAGAAGACCUGCAGGUGCUGGACAGAGUCAGCAAAAGAAACCGAAAGGCUGGAAAACUAAAUCAUCAUUUAGAAGCUGCGAUUCGUGAGUUAGACAAGAUGUCUGGAACCGUUCACACGGAUCGUCAGGUGAAACUUCCCAAACCCAAGAGGAGAAAAAUUUCCAGAUAACAGCAGUGAUCAGAUGCCAGUCUCUCUUCUCUACUUCUGAUCAUGGUGCUACACUCAUCAUGGCCCCGCCCUCACCCGAUGACUGACAGGUGCUGGAUCUGGCAAUUAGAAAAGGCAGCAAAUUCAACUUGCUGAGGACCUAUUUUUUUCUAGUCUUCAAGGAGACGUAUAAAAAAUGAAAAGGAAAUCCUGCAUUUUAAGAACACAGACAGUCCAAAUAUUUCUGAUAUGUUUUCAAAUGUGUAUAUAGACAUGACAGAAAUUUCAAUGGUAAAAACAUAAGGAGAAAUGUAAAUACUGUAUGUACAAGCCAACUCAAUGCACACUUUAUCUUCAGCUGUACAAAACACAAAGCGAAAAUGUCUCAUUGGCUCAUAAGGCCUUGUGACAUUACAAUGAAUAAGAGUCAACCUGAGACUUUUGUAAGCUUCAGUUUGAGUUGUGUUUUGUGUGUGGGUGCGUGUGUGCGUGUGUGUGUUUGCGUGUGUGUUGGAGUGGACUUCACCAGCUAAUAAGGGGCGUGUUGCAGGGUCUUCCAGCACUAAACACUAAUAUGCCGAUACUUUAAUAAUUCUGUCUAGAUGAUUUCUGUCUCUAAUGUUGUUUUGGUUCAGUUGUUGUUGUCAUAUUUGUGUAUUUCUCUUACAGCAUUAAUGAAACCAAUGUGCUUUUGUCAGUGUCAUUCAUACUCUAAUGGCCAACAAAAGGGAUACUAAGGGGCCUUAUAACGUGUUUUUUAAAUGACAUACCCAUUCCCUUUUUCUUUGACAUACUUAGUAAAACUUUGCAAUAAUAUGACCCCACCCUACGCACACACCCGGCACAGCCUUAUUCAUUUGUAUAUGCGUACAAAUAAAAACGUCAGUAUUAUUCAUUUACGACAUUGUAUAGUUUUACCCUUUCAUUCCUCAAGGCCCAGUGUUACUCUACAGUAUAUUGCGUUUUUGUGUUUAAAUGCUGUAUUAUCACAGAUAAACUGUAGAUUUCAGACUCAGGAAAGACCUGUUAUCAUUAAGAUUGACGUUCACAGAUGAGUCGGAGUUAGUUUGCUGUUUUUCGUCAAUAUACCAACAGAAGGGGUUAGCGAAAAAUAAAGGUUAAAAUUCCAGCACAAUGGAAGGGAAAGUUGGCUCCUUUAUCGUGACGAGGGUGUUGGCGUUUGGAUCCAGGCAGGUUGUAUAUAAUGACUAUAAAACAUGAUGCUACAUCAGUAAUCUGCCAGAACAUAAAAUGUCAUAGCGAAAACACUAACUCAAUGUUCAAAUGACAUAUAUUAUGUUUUUAUAUAAACUUGUAGGAUUUUGCGACACAGCUUACAUCAGUCAGAUGAGGUCAGUUUUAACGGCAGAUGUGAGCUGUUUGUUCUCCCUCCUACUUUUUCUGCCUGCAUGGCAAAUUUUACUACAAAAUGAAGUGCAAUAUUUACAUUCAAUGGAAUUGAAAUCUUGUCAAAGGUGCAGAGAAACCAUACAAGCUUCUAACAGCCAGAUAACAAACACGGUCCCUUUGUAAGAGCACAUUCGUAUCGUCUGCUGGUGAAGUCGACUCUGUUGUCAGUGCAAUGCAGCUCUGUGUUCAGUCCAACUCUUUAAGGUCAAAUGCAUUUUGUGUUCAUGUGGUCAGUGUUGUCCAAAACUUUCUCCAUUUCUACUCUCAGUCUUUUUCUUUCAUUUUCUUCUGUGUGUGUGUGUGUGUGUGUGUGCGCGCGCUUGUUCCAUGUGUACAAUUUUAUUUUCGUUUCUCUUUGCUCGCUCUUUUGAUUGGUAUUACAAAUCUUUCUGAUGUCGAUAUUGUUUUUCAAUAUGUAUCUGAGUAUAUAUUUUCUCACCAGUAUGUACUUUACAGCAGUUGACUUUGUAAAGUAUGUUGUGCACUUGAUUUUCUGCGUUUUCGAUAGCUUUGACGUGGCUGUUAGGGUUAGUUUGUUAAAGUCCAUAAUUUCUUAUUGUUUCAUUUGAUUUUUUUUAAGAUCCCAAACAGCAGUUUUGUAAAUAUUGUGAACAUUACAGGUCAUGCUGUGAUGUGACAUUGAAAGGAUGUUGCACCAAUGUUUCAAUUAAAACCUGGUCACUUAAAUGUGAGUAAAUUGAGUUUUUUU